AUGUUCGUUUUACUGUAUCUACGUUCAGUUCAAUGUCAAUAUCCUGGAGCUGACUGCGUGGUGCAGGCUGAAAACCAGCCAGGAACAUGUGUGCUAUUGCAAGAAUGUAUUCCACUUAUCAAAGAGAUAAAAAGGUGCGGCCCUUCAAUAACACCGCAUUUAAGGAGAAAGUUACAGACUCUCUCAUGCGGUUUCCAACAGGACCGGCCGUUGGUCUGCUGUAGUUCAUUAACGGACGAGGAUGACGUUAAAAGGAAUGAGGAUAAUAAACACGGAACUCCAAAUAAUGUUCCAAACGAUGGGCCCCGUGCGGUGACGAGCCAUCCGAAACUAAAAUUAUUACCCACACAGUGCGGAGUCAUUGAGAGCGACAGAAUAUUUGGCGGAAACAAGACACGAUUAUUCGAAAUGCCCUGGAUGGUGCUUAUAUCAUACGAUUCAGCACGUGGCACAAAGCUGAGUUGCGGUGGUACUCUUAUAUCCGAGUGGUACGUUUUGACUGCUGCCCAUUGCGUGAGCUUCCUGGGACCUCGGCUUAAGUUGACGGGGGUCCUACUCGGCGAAUACGAUGUGCGGAGAGACCCCGACUGCGAGAGAGUAGAGGGAGAGUUGAACUGCGCGCCAAAUUCAAGGAAUGUUACAAUAGAUUCGGUAAUAGCACAUCCUGGUUAUACUCCACAAAACUUGGCUGAUGAUAUAGCCCUAGUGCGGCUAUCCGAACGAGCGGACUUUACUUUGGACAGCAUGAAGCCAAUAUGUUUACCGACCACACCUCAGCUUCAAAGGGAGCAACUAGAUGAUUUAAUGGGUGUUGUUGCGGGCUGGGGAGCCACAGAAGACGGGCUCCAAUCAUCAGUGUUGCUCAGCGUCGAUCUGCCCUUCGUAUCAAGGGAUGCAUGCCAAAAAGCUUAUAAUGGAUCUCAACAAAUCAGUCAAAAGCAGAUGUGUGCUGGAGGCGUACAAGACAGAGAUUCAUGCGGUGGUGAUUCUGGGGGUCCACUUAUGUAUCCAGGGAGAACAGCAGUUGGACUCAGAUACGUCCAACGAGGCAUCGUCUCCUACGGCUCUAAACGUUGCGGCGUUGGAGGCUUCCCCGGGGUCUACACAAACGUGGCUUUCUACAUGGACUGGAUAUUGGAUAACAUGCGCAGU